AUGGAAAAGACUGAGAACUCUAUCAUUAAAUCUUAUUCCAACGCUAAAAACAUAUCUAAUUCAUUGGAGGAAACAAUUAUAGGCCUGAAGGAAACAAAAAAGCAAUUAGAUGUAAAAUUUAAUAAAGAUGAAAUUAUCGGUCAUAGCCAGAAUAAACCGACAUGUAUCCAUGUGGGGAAGAGCUGUGCUAAAUUACUAGUAGAAUAUUGUGAAAUUGGAAAUGAAACAUUUCAACAGAGUAUAGAGACAAGUCAGCAGGCUGUUGAUAAAGGUCCAAUUUUAGAGUCUAUACGAUGCCUGAAAAGUCAUAUUAAAGAAACUGAUGUAUUACUAAGGUACUUUAACAUAUCUUUAAGGGGAAUGGAUUUAAUAAAACAAUCAAAAACGGAGGCUGUUAAUGAAGUUGAAAGUAUAACUAUGACCCCAAGUACAUCAUCAAGUGUGUUGAGUGAUGUAUCCAGUGUUAACUCGUCAGUUAAUUUUAAUGAUUUUAUUAAAGGUCCCAAGAAAGAAACUUCUUCUCCGCGUGUCAUGAAGAAUUAA